AACCAGUGUCCGUCAAACCUUUGUCUCUUCCCACUCGCACAGAUGAAGGGUGCCGGCCAGUGCCUCGGGCCAGCGGUUCCCUUAUCGGGAGAUUGUGUGUCACACCGAGGGCAGCUGGCGCCCUCUGCCCCCGACGCGCGCGCGCUCCGCCAGCGGGGGCGUCUCCCGCAGGUCUGCGGGGUGGAGGCGGAGGCCAGCCCCGGUCCCCGGCCAGCCAGAGAGUUUUUAGGGGUUGCCAUCAGUCUUUCUUUCACGGUCUCUGAGCUUUGGGUCGCGCGUACCCAUUCUCAGACCAAGAAUCUUUGUGGUUACCUGCCUUCUCCGGGAAUUGCUUGGUCCCCUUUUGUUUUCUGUUUAACCUGCUGAUUCCCGUAGAGCUGUCCCGGUGUAAGAGUGAGGCCGAGGCCAGGUCAGCUCUUCGUUCCUCUCCCGUCAGAGCCGCCGGCUGUUCCUGCCAAGGCUCCGGGGAGCCGGCCGCCUUCGCGGAUCUGCAGAAACCGCGCGCGCAGGGCGGGCUACGGGGACUUCGCUUUCGGCCGAGUGUGGCUCGGUUGCCGACCCGUAGGGCCCGUCCGCGUCCCCUGUCGCUAGGCAACCGCCGCGGAGCGGGAGAGACGAGCGGCUGGGCUGCGGCGCCAUGGACCCGGUCAUCACACAGGAGCUGACCCGCGCCGAGAGCCAGCAGGAUGCCGCCGCCCUAAGGAGGGCGUACGAGCUGAUCAAGUCCGCUAACCUGGGCAAGUCCGAGUUCGACCCCAGCGAGAGCUUCAGCCCCGACCUGUUCGUUCUGUGCGCGGAGCAAGCCCUGAAGAUGGGGCAGCCGGAGGUGAGCGAGGACUGCAUCCAGAUGUACUUCAAGGUGAAGGGGCCGGUCACCCAGUUCCUGGGCCGCGCGCACCUGUGCAGGGCCCAGCUGUGUGCCCCCAAGUCCACGGACAACCUGGAGGAGUUUGAAAAUUGCGUGACUCAGUACAUGAAGGCCAUCAGCUUCGCCAAAGGGGAGCCCAGGUAUUACUUCCUGGUCUUCAACGCCUCGGUCCUCUACUGGCAAAUGGCGAGGCCCUUCCUGAAGCCUGGGUACCACCACCACCUGAUCCCCAGCCUGUCCCAGAUCGUGAGCGCGUUGAACCAGACGCAGGACGAGGAUGAGGACUGGCAGGCGGAGCUGAUGCUGGAGCUCCUGGAGUGCUACCUGCAGGCCGGGAAGAGGGAGGAGGCCGCGGAGUUCUGCACCACCGCCGCGCCCUUCGUGAAGGCCCACGCGCCGCACCGGUACCGGCAGGUGUUUGCCGCCAUGGUGCGGCACGGCCUGGUGGGUGAGCAGCAGCUGAAGGAGGAGAGGAAGUCGUCCAUCGGCCUGUCCGUCACGUUCCUCAUCAGCCAGCUGCAAGGAAAACUGGAUAAAAACGAUUUACCUGAGGACGCUGACAAGGUGCUGAAGGGGGCCUACAAGCAGCUAGGCCAGUACAACCCCCAGCGCGUCCCAGAGAUCGCGGAGGAGAAAGCCCUUCUGCUCUUCGAGCUGGCGCACCUUGCUCUGACCUUGAAAAGUGAGGACGUCUCCUCCAGCUGCCUCGCAGACUUGAAGAAAAUGGCCGGCAAAGACCCCGGGAAGCUCAUCGAGACCGAGUGCCUGGAGUGCGAGCUGGAGGCGCUGAGGCUGGAGAGCAAAGUGAAAACCUACACCCGGGCGGCCGUGGAGACCCAGCUGGGCAUCGUGCAGAGACUGGACGCGGUGCUGCAGCGUGCCAUCGGCCUGGGCGACCCGCAGGUCAUCCACGUGGUGUGCACCGCCCAGUGGAACCUGUGCCUCCCUCUGCUGCAGCACAACCUGCGGCAGCGCCUGCGGCAGCCGCUGACCAGGAUUGCGGAGAUCCUGGAGAAGGUGGACAGCCUCGAGGUCCUGCUGCGCUGCCAGGUGCACAGGGAGCUGGCCCACAUUGAGGAGGACGAGGACCGGCUGGAGCCCGCCAUGCAGCACCUGACCAAGGCCAUGCAGCUGGACAGCCCGGGCCUGUACCAGGAGCGGCUGCGGACGGCCUUCAACCGGCUGCACCUCUGCUCCAUGCUGUACCAGAGCCCCGAGCGUGCCGAGGAUAAGGCCACCAUGGCCAUCGAGCAGGCCAAGAAAGCCACCCCCAAGGACAGCGUCCGGAAGAAGCGGGCCCUCCUGGUGAACGCGGGCCUGGCCCUGGCGCCCGAUGCCUUCCAGAUCGUGCUGGACGGCGAGAAUGAGGCCAAGGUCUCCACCGGGAAGAGCAGGAGCCGCUUCGCCCCGCUCUUCGCCAGGGCCCGGCACCACAUGGUCAGCGUGGAGAAGGCCAACGGGCACUUGCGGCGUCUGGGGAGCGAGAACGAGAAGGAGAGAGUGCAGAUCUGGGCCGAGCUCGCCAAGGUGGCCCGGAAGCAGGGCGUGUGGGACGUGUGCCGGGCGGCCUGCCGCUUCUGCCUGCUCUACGACAGCGUCAAGGCGAAGAAGCUGUCGCGGCUGAAGCGAGGGAGGAGGCGGCGGGCCGGGGACAGCCAGGGGCAGGAGUCCAGGGCCCAGUCCCUGGCGCUGCUGCGGGUGCCGGGCCCCCCCGCGCUGCUGCGCAAGUUCGCGGAGGUGGGCUUCAUCAACGCCGAGGCCACCGUCCACUUGCUGUGGUCGGAAGGUGUGGAGCUCAACGACCAUCCCAGCCCCCCCGAGGACCUGAGCCAGCACGCGGCCGGCUACACGCUGGAGUCGCCCGAGGACAACUCGGAGUGGGUCACCUACAGGACCUGGGUGGAGAGCCUGUCGCAGUACGCCAUGAGCAGCUGGCUGCGCUCGGCCGAGCUGGGGCAGGAGAUGAAGGAGGCCUGGGUCGUGCAGAACGCCGUCGUGUACGUCCUGAACCACAACCACCACCUCAUCGCGGCCGGGCGGCAGAAGGAGCUGGUGGACGCCUUGUACCGCCUCCUGAGCAUCGUCCAGGUCGUCGGCCACAACGGCGACCCCGCGCUGCUGGCUGCGCUCUGCAACGCCCUGGCCCGGGGCCUGAUCCUCGGCUGGAUCCCGGCCCAGACGCCCGAGAAGGCCAAGCGGCCGGCGCGGCCCACCGCGUUCCACAGCCCCCUGGACUCCGAGGCCGCCUCCGAAGUCAGGACCGCCGUGGAGGUGUGCGAGUUCGCCCUGAGCCUGACCAACGGGGCGGUGCCUGAGGACACGGUGCCCACGGAGGCCCGGCAGCAGCUCAUCGCCACCUGGGUGAAGGCCAAGCAGCUGCUGCAGCAGCAGAUCGGGUCCCGGCUGGGCGUGGACGAGCAGAGCGCCAGCGAGGACAUCAGCUCUGUGACCAAAGUCCUCGUCGCCCUGGAGAUGUACUCCUGCAACGGGCUGGGCCUCAUGGACUUCACCGUGCCGCCCCUGGCCCAGCUGGUGAAGAUGGCCUCUGCGUGCACCUGGGCGGAGCCCCUGGUGGAGCUGCAGACCCUGGCCCGCCUGAGCCACUUUGCCUACGCCGCCCGCGACCACGAGACCACCAUGGCGUGCGCGAAGAAGGCCGUGCAGAUGGGCGUGCGGUGCCUGAGGCAGCUCAGCCCGGUCCAGCAGCAGCUGGCCGCGGAGGCGCUGAGCGCCGCCACCUGCAUCCAGGGCCGCAGCAUCGUGGAGAACCUGAAGGGGCGGAAGCAGCUGCGCCUGGUGGCGGCCAAGGCCUUCACGGAGAGCGUGAGGUUCGGGGGCAUGGCGCAGAGCAGCCCGCUGGUGAUGCUGGCCGCCCGGCACUACUGGAACAGCCAGCUCCCGCUGCUGUCCUCCGCCGCCAGCAGGAAGGAAGCCAAGAGCGCCAUCCAGAGGAUCGUCGCCGUCAUCAACAAGGUGGAGGCCAAGAAGCAGGACACGGGGAGCGUGCUGCUGCUGCACCAGUGGCCGACCGCUGACUUCCAGGGCGGAGGCACCCCGGAAGGCUCCUUCCUCCCAGGGGCCGAGGACGACCUGAGUCUGCGCGCCGCGCUCUACGGGGUGCUGUUCCACUGCCACGCGGACCAGGGCGACUGGGAGGGCGGCCUGAAGGUGCUGGAGGAGGCCGUGCAGGUGCUGCCGCGGACGGCCCACCGCCUCUUGAUUUUCAAGCACAUGGUCCUCGUGAAGGCCAGGCUCGGCCUGAACUACACGAUGGAGAUGCAGAAGUUCAAGGACGAGAGUGAGGACUACGUGGCCCACAUGUGGCACCGCCUGGCCUUGAACUCGAAGAACGUCUAUGGGGAGCUGACCUGCUACCAGAACGCAAUCCAAGCCCUGCAGAAGCCGGAGAGCGAGUGGCAGAAGGCGGACUGCGUCACGGAGUUCGCUGAGUGGCUGUACUGCCGGCAGUUCCCCCUGGACGACGUGGCCUUCCACCUGAACUGGGCCGUGGACAUCGUGCUGGCGAUGGCGCCUGCCCGGGAGGCCCCGGAGCCCGCAGGGGAGCUCUCGCCCGCGCCCACGCCCACACCCACGCCCACGCCCGCCGACCCGGAGCGGCCGGGGCCUGCGGACCCGGGGCCCCUCUCCUUGGAGAAGCUGCGCAGCGUGAGGCAGCUGGAGGCGCUGGCCCGCGUCCACGUCCUGCUGGCCCUGACCAUGUCCCCCAGCGCCGCCAGCUACCAGGACUGCUGCCUCCUGGCGUACACCGCCGUCCGGCGCAUCUGGCAGGUGUCCUUAGCGACGGCAGGAAGAUCCAUUUCAGAAAGCAAGCUUCCAGCAGAAGCUAGUUCCCUUUUUUUGUUGCCUAAAAAAGAGAAGGAGAAGGCCAAGGACAAGGAGAAGGACAAGGAGAAGGUCAAGGACAAGGACAAGGACAAGGGCAAAGACCUGAAGCUGCCCCAAAUCCCGGUCCUCGGCCGGGACCCGGGGGAAGUCCCAGCGAGCGUGGAGGCCUGGGCUUCCUACUUCUGCCCGGAAGAGGUGACGGCCCUGUUCAAGCAGGACCACAGCGACUUCACCGUCAACGCCGCCAGCAUCCAGAGGCCGACGUACACGCUGUACUUCCUGGACCAGCUGGUCGUGGCCCUGCGGAAGCUGUCGCUGCACGAGCUCACGAUCCCGGUGCUGCAGCUGGGGGCCCUGGUGUCGGCCUGCGUCGUGGACAGCAAGAGCCUCAAAGACCUCUACCACCUCCGGCUCGCCCUGGUCUGCUCGGAGCUGAAGCUGAGGGACGCCGCCGCCUCCCACGAGGACGCCGUGGGGCAGGCCUACAUCGCCGAGGGGGAGCAGGCCAGCUACAGGAAGGAGAUCGCCCUGAGGAAGGAGCGGAGCCGGGAGCCGCUGCGAGACGAGAGUCUGGGGUCGCUGACCGAGCCCUCCAGCACCGGGGUGUCCGUGGAGACGAAGCCGCUCACGGCCCAGGAGCAGGUGCUGCGGGUGAACGCCGAGACCGGGAGGGGCCUGGACGGCACGUCCCUCCCGCAGCUGUGGGCCCUCAAGGCCGAAGCGCUGCUGGAGCUGGACCUGUGCCAGCCGGCGCGGCUGCUGCUGGCCGAGGCCCGCCAGGCCUUCCAGGAGCUGGAGGACCCUUGCGCAGAAGCCAAGUGCCUGCUCCUCCUGGCACGGCUGGCCAACAAGGAGAGAAACCACGGCCAAGCCAAGAAGAUGGUCUGGCACGCCCAGCACCUGGGCGGUGGCGAGGAGUUCUGGUACCGCUCCACCCUGACCCUGGCAGACACGCUCCUGGCCGCGGAGGAGGAGGGGCAGAAAGUGACGGUCUGCCAGCUCUUCCAGGAGCUCAGUGGGACCUUCCAGGAGCUGCAGCAGGAGAGACCUAACCGCGCCCCCGUCCUGGAGUUCAUGGCCACAGACCUGGAGGCCAGGUGCCUCAGCCUCCGGGCCCGGGCCGCCCGGGCGUCGGCCGGCACAGAGCCCGAGGAGCUCCCGUCGCUGCUGGAGGAGCUGGGUGACCGCCUGUUGGAGGUGGAGGAGAAGCUGGUCGGCUGCGGCUGCAGGGAGGGCCGCGUGGACGUGAUGCUGGAGCGGGUGCAGCUGAAGAGGCUGUGGGCCCAGAGCGAGCCGGACGAGGAGCAGCGGACAGUGCGCCAGCUGGAGGCCUACGGCCUGGCCCAGGACGCUGUGGCCGAGGCGGAGCAGCUGCUGCACGGCGUCCAGAGCCUCCUGUCCCUGCACCAGGCGCAGAGCGUGAACACGCCCCUGAUGCGGAAGCUGGCGCGCCUCAAGCUGACCCUGGUGGAGGUGUCCCUGGACACGCUGCAGCUGGUGCCAGAGCGACCCCUGGAGCAGGGCUCCCUGGACAAGCUGCUGGCCGACUACCUGCACAGCUCCAGCGACUACACCGCCACGGGCCUGAAGUGGCGCACGCUGCGGCGCACCCUGGCCCACGUGGUGCUGGCCCAGCUGGGGAGCGUGCAGCCGCUGAGUGUGGGCUGCGCGGAGAUCCGCGCGCGGCUCCUGGGCCUGACGGGGAAGGCCCUGCACCUGCUGGCCCUGCGGACGGACCCGGUGCCCCCGACCUCCUAUUGGCAGGAGGGCCUCCUGGUGGGUGCGCAGACGAGCAGCCUCAGGUGUGUGCAGAUCCUCCCGGAGAAUGGGGACGGGCGGCGGCAGCGCGGCAGCAGCCAGCGGGCCCGCAGGAAGGCCCCGGGCGAGCAGGACCGCCGGAAAGGCUCUGAUCUGAAGAAGAGGAAGGCGCUGGCCCGGCGGUACCUGGCCCAGGCGUCGGAGGUGCUGCUGCAGAGCCUGCAGGUCGCCCUGGGCAACGGGCUCCUGGAGGUGGCGGCAGCCGCCAGCCUGCAGACGGUGGAGUGUGUCGGGGUGCAGGACCCCGAGUCCGCCUGCCAGUUCCUGGCGCUGUCCCAGAGCUGCUCAGCCUCGGAGACCAUGCGGGGCGUGCUACUCGCUGCCAUGGCCGACACCAGCAGCUCGCAGGCCGCGGCCCUGCUGCAGCUCCAUCGCGGGCUGCGGCUCCAGGAGCACACCUCCGCCCGCCUGCUCGCCAGCGUGGAGCAGCGGCUGGCCGCCGUUUCCAAGGCUUGGCAGAACCUCCAGGUCACGGAACAACACUUCACCCUCUUCAGUGAGGUUCCUCCCGCUUUCCGGGUGCUCUUUCUGCACCACUCCCCGGACAGGACUCACCUCUACGGCGCUGCCUACGAGACACACAGGCCCACACCCACCGCCAAAGGGAAGGCGUUCCACAUGGGGGGCUUCUGCAAGGUGGCCCGGGUGGCCGUGAGCCCAGCCACCUUCUCUGGCCUGUUGGCCAGCGCCCGGCAGUUCCGGGAGCAGAACCAGGCGGAAGUGGGCAGUGAGGCCAUGGCCCCGAAACCCGGCCUGGAGGCAGGAGGCGUGCACCCCGAGACGCAGGGGGAUCUUUUCCCGAGACUCGGCGACGUGCUGGCGGCCACUGAGGAGUACCUGCGCCCGCUGCUCCCGCUGCUCCGCAGCUCCGAGCCCAGAAUCCAGGUUCCCACGGCCGCCGCGGACCCGGGGAAACCAAAGGGCAAGGACAAGGAACGGAAGCUGUCCCUGUCGCCCCAGGCCCCGCCCGAGGCCGCAGACACUGUGGUCCUCCUGGUGGACCGGCCGCUCCUGGAGCUGCCCCUGGAGGGCCUGGCUGCGUUCAGGGAGGGCCCGGUCUCCUCCGUGUCGCGGGACUUCUCCCUCCAGAUGCUGUGCAACCGGCUGCACCGGGACGAGGCAGACGCGGCCGGGGCCAAGGACGCCAAAGGCAAAGACCUCAAGAAGCGCAGCCCAGCAAAGAGGGGCCCGAAGGGCGUCGCACCCCGGACCGUCCCCUCCAGCUGCGUCACCGUGGACUCGGACAACUUCAAGUUCGUCGUGGACCCUUACGAGGAGGCCCAGGGCCCAGACAUGCCGACGCCCAUCGCCGUGACCCGGGAGAUCCUGGAGAAGUUCAGGGAAACCUUUGCUGCGCGCUGGACCGGGCACCUGGGCAAGAGGCCCUUCCCCAGCCAGGCCCAGUGGGAGCAGGCCCUGAGCAGCUGCUCCGGCUUCCUCUUCCACGGGAUGGAGCGCUUCCUGUCGCACCUGUCGGUGGAGCGGCUGGCGGCCAUGAACCUACAGGACUGCCAGCUGAUGGUCCUGCUGGACCUCAGCCGGACCCACGAGAGCCUGCGGCGGACCAUGGAGGCUUCGGAGUGCAAGAGCGCCCUGGAGACGUCCCUGGAGGAGCCGGUGGAGGCCGCCGUCCUGCUGAGCCUGGCGGGGGUCCGGAGCGUCCUGGCGAACCAGUGGUGGACGACCCUGCAGGACAACGCGCUGCGGGCCGGCGUCCUGUGGGAGAAUCUGCUGACUGUCGGUAAGCCAGCUGGGAAAGCGGUCCGCCUCCUCCAGACGAUGGAAGCUGAGGAAGUGGUGGGCGAGGACGAGGCUCUGCAGACCCCCAAGGACAGGAGGCCGUCCCGGCCUGUGCCGUGCGGCUCCGACUGGCUCUCCGUCAGCCUCAACCUGGUGCUGUACGGGCUGCCGCACCAGGCCAUCGUGUGACCCUCCCCGCCUGCCCACCCGCCGUGUGCCCCGGGGCACCCUUCUCCAGGGGCCUCC